GUGCUUCGGGCUGCUGCUGGGCACAAUAUUUGUGUGCCUCUUUUGCUUGCAACUGAAAGUGGAGGCCAAGACCGACUUUGAGCUGCAAGUGGACAACUUCACGUGCAGCAGCCAGGACACGGAGUAUCACAUUCUGAAGGAUUACCGAUGCGGCAUGAACAAGAACACCAAGCGGCGGAGCUGGCACAUGGAGUUUAAGUUGCAGCAACCGCUGGCCGAGCACGAGGUGUACAUGUCGAUCGUCCUGCCACGCCGCAAGCCCAUGCCGGACUUUGUGCUGCUCAACCUCACCACCGAUGGCUGCCAGCUGCUGUCCAACCGCAACCAGGUGCCGCUCCUCAGACUUGGCCGCAGUAUCAUGGAGCGCUUCAGCAACUACCCCAAGCAGUGCCCCUUUCAGGGCGAUCUCAUCUACUACAUACGCGGCUUUCGCAUGGAUCUCAGCGUACUGCCGGCCGUCGAUAUGGAAACCCCGGUGCACAUAGAGUUUGGCUAUCAGGUCAAGUCGCAGGGUCUACGCUGGCUUCAGGGCAACCUGGCGGCACGUGUGCAGCGUAUAAGCGAAAAGAAGCGACCCAAGAUGUCGUAA